CCUGCUGCGCGUGCGCGGGCCCGAGCGCGCUCUGCGGCGCGGUCCGCAGUGGAGGCGGCGCGGGCGGAGAGGGGGCGGCGGAUGGCGCUGCUGGGCCUGGCCGGCUCGGGGCCCAGCUCCCGCGAGCCGUUAGACGAAGCGGUGGCGGCGGCCGAGGAGCGCGAGGCGCCGGCCGUGGUGGCGGCUGGAGCCACGCCAGAGGACGAGGAGGAGGACGGAGGCCGAAGCCGGGGCCUGCUGCGCUGGGACGGCUUCUCGGCCUGGCUGCACUGCGUGUGUGUGGUGGGCUUCGACCUGGAGCUGGGCCAAGCCGUGGAGGUAAUUUAUCCUCAACAUUCCAAACUUACUGAUAAAGAAAAAACCAAUAUUUGCUAUUUGUCUUUUCCAGAUUCAAAUUCAGGUUGUCUUGGAGAUACCCAGUUUUGUUUUAGAUUUCGGCAGUCUUCUGGGAGAAGGGUGUCACUGCAUUGUCUCCUGGACCAAUUUGACAAAGAUUUACCAGUUUUCUUAAAGAAGGAUCCUGCUUAUUUUUAUGGAUAUGUGUAUUUCCGUCAAGUUCGAGAUAAAACUCUAAAAAGAGGCUAUUUUCAAAAGUCCUUGGUUUUGAUCAGUAAACUACCGUAUAUUCAUUUUUUUCACACUGUGCUGAAACAGAUAGCACCAGAGUAUUUUCAAAAGAGUGAACCAUACUUGGAAGCAGCUUGCAAUGAUAUUGAUCGAUGGCCCUCCCCAGUACCAGGGAAAACAUUAUACCUGCCGAUUAUGGGAGUAGUAAUGAAGGUACGGAUUCCCACAUGCAAUGACAAGCACGGGACGACUCAAAUAGCGCAGUUAACUCAGCAGACAGACAAACAUAUAUCUGUUGUUUUACCCACUGUUCACGAGGUGGAUCUUUUCAGGUGUUUCUGCCCAGUUUUCCUUCAUAGUCAAAUGCUUUGGGAGCUGGUGCUGUUGGGGGAGCCCCUUGUGGUCAUGGCACCAUCACCGUCAGAGUCAUCAGAGACUGUUCUGGCACUUGUUAACUGUAUAUCUCCAUUGAAGUACUUCAGUGAUUUCCGACCUUACUUCACUAUUCAUGACAGUGAGUUCAAAGAAUACACCACUCGUACACAAGCCCCGCCCUCAGUCAUAUUAGGAGUAACCAACCCUUUUUUUGCCAAAACACUUCAACACUGGCCACACAUUAUUCGAAUAGGAGACAUUAAACCUGCAGGUGAAAUUCCUAAGCAGGUUAAAGUGAAAAAAUUGAAGAACCUGAAGACAUUGGAUUCUAAACCUGGAGUUUAUACUUCUUAUAAGCCGUACCUAAGUAGAGAUGAAGAGAUCAUAAAACAGUUACAGAAGGGUGUACAACAGAAGCGUCCUUCUGAGGCUCAAAGCGUUAUUCUCCGACGCUAUUUUUUGGAACUAACACAAAGUUUCAUCAUUCCACUAGAAAGAUAUGUGGCAGGCUUGAUGCCUUUAAAGAAAAGUAUUUCUCCAUGGAAGAGUCCACCUCAGUUAAGACAGUUCCUUUCAGAAGAAUUUAUGAAAACACUUGAGAAAACAGGACCUCAGCUGACUUCUAGGAUAAAAGGGGAUUGGAUCGGGCUUUACCGGCAUUUUCUAAAAUCUCCAAAUUUUGAUGGCUGGUUUAAGACCCGGCGGAAGGAAAUGACUCAGAAAUUGGAGGCACUGCAUCUCGAAGCUCUUUGUGAAGAGGACUUGCUUCUCUGGACCCAGAAACAUACAGAAGUAGAAACAGUGGACCUUGUAUUGAAGCUAAAAAAUAAACUGUUGCAGGCGAAUCGAGAUCACUUACCUGUGAAACCUGACACCCUGGAAAAGUUACGGACACACAUAGAUGCAAUUAUCUUAGCAUUACCGGAGGACUUACAAGGAAUACUGCUCAAAACAGCCAUGACUUGAUAAUUCCCGGAUUUUCCAACCAUAAAGGACUGUACACCAAUGAAGGAUACUGACAUUUCAACAAGAUGCAAACAUGGCGGUCUCUUAGAGUGAAAAAUAGCCGUGAAUCCUAGACACAGGAUGGAAAGACUAUAUUGUAUAUACAGACAUUUUUAGUGCAUUAUUUUUUAAAAUGUGUAUCUGUGGUGACUCCACUCUAAUUCUGAAACACCGAAAGGGAUUUUGUAUAUUUUUAAUCAUGUUCUAAAGUGCUCUUAUGGGAGACCUGUGGGGCCAUCAAUAUACGUGAUUCCAAGCUGCAGUGCUGGCAUUGCAGAUAUAUUUUUUAAAUUGGUGCUGCUUUGCCCAAUCAUGUUAAACCUCAGGGUGAUAUAAAAAUAGCAUUCACACUGGCUGUCUUCUGAAGAAGGGAAAGACUGAACUGUCUGACUACAGUUAUAGAAGUAGUUGAUGCUUUUGUAGUGCCUUCCGUUGCCCUACAUGUUUCACAGAUGCAGCUGCUAGUCUUGGAGCUUUUUAACUUGAUUAUGACAUGUAAUCUUAUGACAUUCUUAUGAGUAAUCAUUGCUUAAAAACACCAUUAACACUCAUUAUGUCUAUUAGUAUGGUGCUUUCUUUUCUAUUGUCAUAUAGGUUUUAUUUCAUUAUUUUCUGGAUCAUUUUCAUAUUUAAUCCUACCAGUUUUAAGAAGGAAGGCAUUUAGUAUUAAUUAUGAGUUUAUACUAAUUGGGCCUAUUUUAAUUAAUGUGGAUAUUUUUCAAGACAUUCUGCUUGUUAACCUCAGAAUCAGCUAUUUUAAAAACUGAACUGUUCUUAUUUUAAAAACAAUUGAUACUAUAAUCAUUUGAAGAUAGGAUUGAUUUCAAAUAUUGUUUUUUUGAGUAGGGGAUUUUCCCCUAAAGUUUUUCUCAAAACACUUUGCUAUUGUUUGACAUGGGAAUUUUUUGCCUGAAUCACUGUUAUAACUAGUUUGUGUGGUAGUUACUGUGUUUGUCUUUGUUUUAUUUAAACUAUAUACUACUUUGCCAAAAAUAGAGGACUGUGGUUUGGUUGAGCAAGGCUAUUGGGUUUAGGCUUGAAUCAGUGUCCUGCAGAAACCACUGUAUAAAUAGUCACACAUGAUAGAGCACACAUGUAAAUAGCUGUGUCUUGAAUCACCCUCCAAGUAACCAAAUCUAGUUCGAAUUUGUCAGAGAUAUGGCUUUCAGAAUCCCUCUCUCAUUUUUCUGUUAAUAUAACCUUUAAGGGCAUUCCUGACCCAAGAAAAACUCCUUGUGUUUUUGACUGUGGUCUUAUACCCAAAUGUUCCCUUAUUUUUUAUGUUUGAUUUUUUUUUUAUAUGAAUAUAGUCUCUUGAAGCAUACCUCAAAGUCAUAGAAUAGAGCAUUUGAAAGAAAUCUUUGCCUUGGAUCAUGAGUUACUUUGUGAAGCAGCAGAGUUGUCCCAAUGGAAAAGAGACAGCUACUUUUAUAUGAUAAAGUAUUUCAUAUCUCUCUGGGAAACCAUAUUUAGAUAUAAAUGGUCAUCUUAUUAUUUUUUUAAAAGGUGUAUUUUAAUAAUCUUACAAUUUAUAUGCAGUUUGUGACCGGAAUUUGAAAGUUGUUAGUGUCAUAUCAAGGAUAUUUUCAAUUAUACCACUACAGGAAGUAUUAAUUUCAGUUUUAUUAUGCACUGCUAAAGGUAGCAAAGAUGACAGUUUAAUAAUAGUAUCUUCAUAUUUACUGUCUUUAACUAAAACCUAACACAUACUAGAGCCAGAGAGAUAGUACAGUGGUUAAGGCUUUAGCUUUGCACACAGCCAAUCCUGGUUCAAUCUGUGGCACUACAUAUGGUCCCCUGAGCAUAGAGCCAGGAGUAACCCUGAGCACUGCCAGGUGUGGCGCACACACACACACACCCAGACGCACACCCCCUGACCCAUGUUGAAAAUGAUUUCAUACUUACACACACAUACACACACACACACCCUGACCCAUAUUGAAAACCAUUUCAUACUUCCCCAACUUAAUAAUUUCAAAUUAUGUACUGAAAAAAGGUAACUUAAAAUUUUUUUGGAAACCUGAGAAAGUAUGACUGGUAAUGUUUUUAUGUGAUUUUCAGAGUUUUCUCUCUCCCCCCCUUUUUUCUUUUGAGAUCUGUUAAAACCUGCCACUUAAUGUUUAUCUCCACCAGCAUCAGAAGGAAUCACUGCUUUCAGGGUAUAAUGUAAUGUCUACUGCCUUCUGUUUUCAGUGAAAAGAGGUUUUGUGAAGGCAUUUAUGGUCAUUACCAAAAAUUGAAUUAAAGGCCUUGGAUUUUAAA